AUGGAGAAAAGAUCAAGGCUACACACUGGCCGUCCUUCCUCUAGCCCUCAGGGCAGCCAGCCAGAGCGGCAGGCCAAGCGUCGCAGACACAGUGACCAUGAAGACCACGCUCGCGAGAAUAGUGAAGAUGCCUUUGCACCUCACUCCCAGUAUGCUGAGACACGAACUCGACAAAAUCCCAUCACCACCAUCGACUGGAGGGCUCAAUUAUGUCGCUUUCUGGGCACAGAAAAUUCCAUCACUGAUGAUGAGCUUCUAGAAGAGCUAGAAACCGCAUUCUCCGGAGGCAAAACAAGGCUCUACGAGGAACUCUGCAGCGGCGAUGAAACUGUACAACAAGGAACUCAUCUGUUCGGCCGGGCUACCAUAAAGAACUUGGAACUAUACCUGGAGAGGAACAAAGAUAUUGCCAUGAUCGUGUACAAGGAUUUUGAAUGCUGUGGUCACGUCAACUCUAGUUUUCAACAUGACUAUGACCAGGGGCAGCGUCCGACCAGUGAUGCAUCUCCCUUGUUGAAGGGUGAGUCGAUCAAGCUUGUCUCCGAAGAGAUGAAGCGGGCAUUUAGCGACGUUCUUACACUCGUGUCAACGAAUAUUCCGCUCCCUAAGUCUCAGGAUCUUCAGAUGACGGAUGUGGAUGAAGCCAUCCCGUCGUCAAAUUCUUCCAGUGCCGAUGAAUCUGCCAUUGAGAGUGAGCAUGAACUUGAGGAUGCUGCGUAUCCCUACCUGUGGUGGUUCCACCACCGUCAAGAGAUUAGCGAUAUCAUCGAUAUGACCAGCGAAGGCCCAGUCUCCCCUGUACUCAUACUCAGAGACUAUAUUAUAAGUAGGAUGUUGGAUGAAUGGAACUUAGUAGACGAUAUGAUGUCUCAGAAUCAAAUUACAGCACGAUAUCUUCCCUACCUCUAUAUGUUUCAAAAUUUCGAGGCCUCCAAGUCCUCGAGACAAAAUCGAACAAUGGCAAAGCGGGCACGCGGAUCCGGGUCAGCUCAUGGUCUUUUGAUGGGAAUUUUACCUUCGACGACCCAGAAGAUUGGGAUUAGGGAACUCGAGUUCUACCCUCUGCGCUUCGCCCUGGAGGAGGUUGUAGAGGCAAUUCGAAAACGGGGGGAAAUGGUGUGGAAAUGCCGUCACCGACACUACGUCUCUUCUCAGGUCACUAGUAUAGAGGGAACGCAGACUCCGGAAGAGUCACGCUUUAUGGUGGACAUGGAGACUUAUAAGCGCAUGUACCCGGAGGCAAAUAAGCCGUCAGAGGCCUCAGAUCAAGAUGUACUUGACGAUCUAGACAUGGAACACGACUGUCCUGACCUAGGCGACAGCUUUUACAUGUGUCUCCCGGCUACUAUUGUACAUCAUCUGACUGAUGUGCGCUGGAACACCAAAGCGUUCGACUACCUUGUCAUCAAUCAAGAGACCAAGGAGCUUAUCAAAGCUGUAGUCACCAAUCAACUUGGUAUUCAGUCAAAAGCAGACCUUAUUCAGGGAAAAGGAAAUGGAUUGUUCAUAUUGCUUCAUGGAGUUACUUGUGGCGAUAUCGGAACAAAAGCGGAGGAUGUAGAGCAGUAUUUAGACAGUGUCUUGCUUCUUGGGGCCACUUGGGGAUGUGUUGUGCUUCUCGACGAAGCGGAUGUCUUUCUAGAGCAAAGGUCAAUCUUGAAUCUUGAGCGAAAUUCUCUGGUCUCUGUAUUUCUUCGAGUUCUUGAGUACUACGACGGUAUAUUGAUUCUAACGAGCAACCGAGUGGGAAUAUUCGACGAAGCAUUCAAGUCUCGCAUUCAGCUAAGCUUGCACUACAGCAAUCUCGACCAAAACCAGAGAUACCAGAUCUGGAAAAACUUUAUUCAUCAUCUGCAUGAAAGUCAGGACGCACUCGAAAUCGAAUCAGCAUCCUCCAAGAAGCCGGGAAGAGGUGGGUAUGGAAUCAACCUUCAAGACUUGACUAGUCAUCUGGAUACGCUCGCUUGUGCGAACUUGAACGGAAGGGAAAUUCGAAACGCGCUGUCUACGGCCAGGCAACUUGCUACAUAUCGUGAACAGCGUCUGGACUAUUCUCAUUUGGAGAUUGUAAUGAAGGAGGCUGAGAAAUUUGAUGAAUAUCUGAAGGAGGUUCAUCACGGUUUCUCCGAAGACGACAUUCAGAGAGGGAAAAGAGAGAGGUGA